AUGCCAUUAAAUUCUAUAAGAACUCGUGGGCGUGGUGGUAGGGGUAGAGUCAGAUUGGCCUCUGAUACAAAUCUUGAUCCAUUAGAGAUGUUGGAUCAAUCAAUCCAACUUGAAUCACAUUAUAUAGAAGAGAGCGAUGAAAUAAAAAGAAGAGACGUAAUUAUUUGGUCUGUCAUACUUAAUAAACGUGACGAUGUAAUGUUUUUAUUGAAAAAUGGAUUGACAGAGGAUGCCAACCAUACCAAAGGGACAUGUUUAUAUGCAGCUUUGUUUGCUAGUGCGAUGUUGAAGGUGUUAUCCAAGCUAGCAGAUGCUGAAGAAAACAUGGAUCUUGGAGCAUCAUUUAUGGAAAAUUCGAGGUUUUUUGAGAUUUUAGCCUGCAAUGGUGUAGCACAAAUGUAUUCGAAUGACAGAGUCCUGACACAGAAAAUACUUACUCAACCUGUAAAGGAAUAUGGUUGUUCAAUGAAGACUGUAAUGAAGAUUUCUGCAAAUAAUGAGCUAAUGCAGUUUAUGGGUACAACUGCAUGCCAAACGAAACUUAAAAGUAUUUGGAGAGAACACAUGUCUAUAUUAACGUCUAGAGAAAUGAUCCUUGCCUGCAUUUUCUUUCCUAUUUUCAUACCAUGUAUUAAAUUUGUUGCAAACAAAAGUAGAGACAAAAAUAAUUAUAAAGAACCAUUUUUAAGAAUUGACUGGUUGGGUUGUAGAGACUCAUCAGAGGAUAAAAUGUACUUGAUAAAGGCGUUGUAUUGGUUCUAUGGUGCACCUGUAACAAAAUUUUGGACAAAUUUGAUCUCCUAUCUUUUGAUGCUUUGCUGCUUCAGCUUCUUCGUUCUUACAAAUCUGCACCCAAUUUCUGAUGGUAAACUCUCGUCUAUGGAAUUCUGUAUUUUCUUUUGGAUUUUGACUUUGUUAUUAGAAGAACUUCGACAGAUAUGUCAGAGAGAACAACGCCUCUUAUGGCACAGAAUAUGUAGCUGGUGGUCAGACAAUUGGAACAGAUUUGACGCAGUCAUGUACAUUAUGUAUUUAUUGUCAGUCUUUCUAAGAUUUUCAAUGAAAAAGGAUGAUUUUGUAUGGGCACGGAUGGCGUACAGUGUAACCCUUGCCUUCUUUAUCUUGCGCACAUUACAAUUCUUCUAUGUUGCAAAAAAUACUGGACCGAAGAUUAUCAUGAUAGGUAAAAUGAUGACUGAUUUGCAAUUUUUCAUCAUGAUUUUUGCGGUUGUUCUUGUGAGCUUUGGAAUAAUUACACAGGCUAAUUUGUAUCCUAAUUCGGAACCAACAUUUCAGCUUUUAAAAAAUGUGGUAUAUCUACCAUAUUGGCAGAUGUACGGUGAAUUAUUUCUUGAAACAAUAGAAGGUCAGGAAUCAUCAACUUGUACAACAGAAUCUUCAGUUUAUAGAAAUGGUACUUUACCUAGAUGUCCCGAAUCAACUGCAAUAGUUCCUAUUGUGCUAGCUGUAUACAUGGUGUUAACCAACCUUAUGUUAUUGAACUUGCUGAUUGCUAUGUUUUCCAAUACAUUUCAGAAGGUUCAAGAUAAUGCUGUUUUGAUUUGGAAGUUUCAUAGAUAUUCGCUUGUUCAUGAGUAUUAUGAAAGACCUGUUCUUGCACCACCACUGAUUAUGAUAAAUCAUGUAUACAGAGCUGGAUAUUUCAUUUACCAUAAAUGGUGCAAGAAUGACUGCAAACUUGACACUGCUUUUCAGGUGGAUAUGCCAGCAGGUACUAAAACAUAUUUACUGCGAAAACCUUCAACUAAUUUAUGUAGUUGA